AUGGGCGGGGGUGUUGUGGGGGACAGUCCGAGUGGGUCCCUCCAGCCCGGCCGCCCAUCAGGACAGGACACUUGGAGUUGCCAGGGGUCACCUGGGCAUCCAGGCGAGCGAGUGGGAGUGCAGCCCCUGACAUUCCCCGGGAGAUGGCUGGGCAGGUCCUGUGUCACCCAUGGUCCUCGGGGCCACACAGGUCUCUGGGGAACAAAGGGGCAGGACCGAGCUGCGUCCCAAGGGCACCGCAAGGGUCUUGCAGGGGCCAUUCAGGUGUGCGAGGCAGCUGUGAGUUCAGGGGUCGCUUCUAACUUCCCAGGACAGCCAACCAUGGAGCCCGUGGGCAGGAAGCGCCGCAAGAGGGCUGCCAAGGUUCAGUCGGAGGCUCAAGUUAUGGCCGCCCCGGUGAAGGAGCAUGCAGGAAAGGAUCCAGUCAGUGAUGAACAUGAGGAAAGAAACCCUUUUACAGAAACAAGGGAGAAAGAUGUGACUGAUGAGCAUGGGGAAAGAGAACCUUUUGCUGAAAAAGAUGAACACACGGGGAUUCAUACCAUGAAGCUAGAAUAUAUUGCAGCUGACAUUACAGAGGACCUUGCUGCAAAAAGAAAAAUGAUAAAAAUAGAUAAAGCCGCUUAUAGGAAAACCAAGAACACAAUUGAACGUGCUUUGAGAAAAAAACAACUAAAAAGGCAGAAACGUGAUUAUAGGCAUACUUGGAAGUUGCUGAAUGUCCUUAAAGAAUACAUCGCAGACAAGCAGAAAGAUGAUGAAGAAGCAGAAGAAGCAGAAGCAGAAGAAGCAGCAGCAGCAGCAGAAGUAAUAGUAGUAGGAGAACAAGAGGAGGAGGAGAAGGAGGAGGAAGAGGAGAAAGAAGAAGAAGGAGGAGAAACAGAAGAAGAAGAAGGAGGAGGAGAAGGAGAAGAAACAGAAGAAGAAAUAAUUAAAGCAUUUCAAGAAAAACAGAAGAGGUGUCAACAAUAUACAAGUGUUAAGAGAUGGGGGCUGAAAGAGGUGAAGCCGCUACGUGAGCAAUUCAUAAAGGCUACCAAGGACUCUAAAGACAAUUAUUGCAUCAUUUCUUCCGAUGAAGAAAGUGAACUUGAUAACUAGCCGUGUUUUUAAAUAAACUCGUGUCAGAACUCUUUUGGAAGAGUUGACACUUAGUUGUCUCUUCAACCUCUGUUAUUCUGAUGACUGAAGAAAGAACUUGAACCUAUGUUAUAUGAUACAAGC